AUGACGGAACCUCUUUCCAAGGUCGACUCUGCCGUACAAGGCUUGUCAUCGUCACCGCCAAAGGAGAAAGGCCAUAGGAGGCAAAGCUCCAGCGCUGCUGGUGUCAUGAACAUCAAUGAUCUUGAAAAGGAGGGCAUUGAGCUGGAGAUAGCAAUCGAGACACAAAAAACUGGGUGGAAGAUCAACAAGAGCUCUACAACCGUAGAGGAUUCGUCUAUACUGAAGAUUCCGUUGACGAAACCACCCGUCAAGAAGAUUGACCUGCAUUUCCCCUUGGGAAUGGAAGUGACGGCACGAAAUAUGAAGGGCGUCACUAUCAAGGAUGCUCUGGAUGCCAUUCACAAGGCGUACAAGAAGCGGGCGGAUGAUGAGCUCGAAAACCCAUAUCUGGCCGGGUUUGAGUGGGAUAAGGAGGAAUCGUGGACACGAUUAAUUGUCCACCUCCAGAAGGAACCCGGCGUGUCUGCUCACGGAGGCGGCAAGAAGAAGAAGAACAAGGAGUAG